GAGCUCGAGGGGCUGCCUGACGCGGAGGUCUGGCGGGUCCGCGUGUACGCGGGGCUCCGCAGGGUCGUCCACGACGUGCGCGCGCAGGGACCGGCGCUGCUGGAGCUGCUGAACCAGGACAGCAGCCCCGCCGCCCGCGUGCUGGAACUCCUCGGCGCCCCCUCGCUGGCGGCCCUGGGCGCCACGGCCAGGGCGUGGCGCGGCAUGCCCAGCUGGUCGGACCUCUGGUUCAUCGCCGGCAAGGAGGACGAUUUUGGGAAGCAGCGCCGGCUCGUGCCCUCCGGGCGCUUCGAGCGGUUCGACGAGGUGAUGCUGGAAGAAGGCGUGGACUGGCCCGAGCGGUACCGCAGCUUCCGGUGGGCGGCCCACUGCCCCGACCUGGAGAGCCUGCGGCUGGCCGCGGUCAAGAUCGCCAGGUCCUUCGACCUGGAGAGCAACGGCUUAGAAGAGGUGCGGCGGCGCCUGUCCUCGGAGCUCAGGACCCGCUCGGGCACCAGCGGUUCCUCUCGCUCGACGCGGUCGAGCAGCUGCUGGAGGACGCGUCGUCCAUGCGCUCCACAGGGCGCCCAUGAGCGCCCGCCGUUGCGCGCGCGCGCGCUCGCGCACGCAGGGGUGCCAUCCGCAGGGCUGUCCUCAGGGGCAGCGUCAGGGGGGGACAGCGCGAUGCGAUAG